AUGUCCCGAGAAGAGCUAGUGGUGCAGCGGGCCAGAAAGUCCUUCCAGACCGGGAAAACCAAACCUCUGGAGUUCAGGAUCCACCAGUUGAAGAGUCUCCUGCGCCUCAUCACAGAGAGACGAGGGGACAUCGCAGAGGCUGUCAAAAAUGACCUUGGCAAGGUGAAAAAAGUGUAACUGUCUUGUUACUAAAUUCAUGUCAACCACUAUUGUCCAAAAGCCACAGAGAGGUUGAACUGGUUCCAGAUGUGUGUUUGGGGAAUAGCCACAAAUCAUAGUCAGAUUGUUGGUCAUUGUGUGAUCCAUUCAUUCACAAGUCCAAAUAUAAAUGUCUGCUAACCUCUUACUAAGUGCGAAUAAGAUAAGCUCAAACUAAACUCUGAAGAUAUUCCACAUGGACAUGGUUGAGAUUGGUUGCUGUCUUGUGUGUUGCACAAACUUGUGUGUUUCAUGGCACUUUCUCUUAAAUUUACCCUAGAGGACAGUAAAAGGGAUAUUCCGGCGUAAAAUUAAUUUAGGGUUAAACACACCGUAACACUGAGUUAGACACCCCCUCGAGAGAUGUAUUUUGCUGACUGCUUGCUUCUCUAGUUAUACCAACUUUAGUAACAACUGCAGAUAACAGCAGUCUAAGGAGCCAUAAACAAACCUCAACCAAUAAGCCACUUUAUAGCCACAAUAAUGCUCAGAACAGCACCUAACUUCAUCAACAGUACAUGUAGGGUCCCAGCCAUAGUACUAGCCACCAAACAUCUUUUCAACUUUGCCUGAUUUCUUUGACAAAGAGACUAAACACAACUCACCUACUCUCUUUCAGCAGACGCUUGUUUGUAGCGGGGUGACGCAGCUCAAGGAAGAACAUUUAUGAUCAUUUCUUCAUAGAAAUGCAAUCAGACCACGUCUGCAGUGCAAAAUUAUAAAUAUGAUGAUUAUUACUCCAAGCAAAUGAUAAAGUAAUGAUCAUAGAUGUUCUUCCUUGAGCUGCGUCACCCCGCAGCAGUCCGUAAUGGACUGGCCUGAGGUCUUGCUACAAACAAGCAGCUCCUGGAAGAGAGUAGGUGAGUUGUGUUUCAUCUAAAGAAAUUGCUAAAGGAAUUGGGCAAAGUUAGAAAAAUAUUUGGUGGCUAGUGCUGUGGCUGGGACCCUAUAUGUACUGUUAAUGAAGUUAGGUGCUGUUCUGAGCAUUAUAUGUGACUAUAGAGUGGCUUUUUGGUUGAGGUUUGUUUAUGGCUCCUCAGACCGCUGUGUAUUGCUAUCCUGUGGUCGUUACUAAAGUUGGUAUAACUAGAGAAGCAAACAGUUGGCAACAUUCAUCUCUAGAGGGGGUGUCUAACUCGGUGUUAUGGUGUGUUUGACCCUAAAUUAAUUUUACGCCGGAUUAUCCCAUAAGUAUGUCUAAUGAAAUGUAUGUAUAUUGAUGCACGUCUUAGAGUAGGAUCUAGAGAGAAAACAAACAUCAUGUGUAUGUGCUACAAAUUGCUUCAGGUCUGGUUUGACACAGGUGCUGACAUGCAGUGCUCGAGGCAAUGCAUAGAAUGUUGCACAUGACUUCAAAAUUGCGUUAUAGUGUUAUACAAGGUUAAUCUGACAAAAACAAAUUAUUUAGUUUAUCUUUCUUACUAAGAUGAUGUGUAGAACAAAGCCAUGUCAAUGUAGGAUCUUCUUUUUUUUUAAUUACCUUUGUUAUUGUUUCAUAUUUUCCACCACAGGGUCUUGCUUACAACCUGUAAUCAACAUUAAAUGUUAACAAAACUUAUAUUUUGUCAAUACUGUGUUGUGUCGUGUAUGUUUCCACACAAAGGCAAAACUAUCUUCUCUUGACUGAGUCAGCCUUUUCCAUUAAAUACAUCACAUUUAAAUAAAUUUACACACAUAUUGAACCUUAAAACUAAAUAAAAAUUACAGUUAACCCCUUUCGUUUGAAAAUUGGUUGAGAUAUGUACUGAAAUAUCUUUAGGAUGACACUUUGGCAUGGGCUUCAUCUUUGAGUAAAUGUAGUACAACAACAUGAAUUGUGCAAUGUUAAAAAAAAUACCACAGAGAAAUUUGUGAAAUACCGUUUAGCCAGUAAUCAGAGUGGCAGUUUAAAUUUUUGUAAUAAUAAUUCAAGCUCCUGAUUGCUGAUGAAAAAACUGUCUGAAAUAAAUACUGGCACCUCCCUAUGAGCUUUGACGGCAAACCAGACUAUCAACCUUUAGAGUUACUAUUUCCACUAUUUCUAGUAUCAACUAUUUCUGGUAUUUGAUCAUGUCUGAAUCUGCUGGUUUACUUGUUUUUAAAAAUUUCCUCCAGAGUGAGAAGGGGACAGAGCUGUUUGAGACUAUGGGGCUGGAGGGGGAGAUCGAGCUUGCUGUGGAUAAGUUAGCAGAGUGGGCGGCGCCUCGACCGGUUGAAAAGAACUUCCUCACCAUAACAGAUGAGGUUUACCUGCAGCCAGAGCCUUUGGGAGUGGUGCUCAUCAUCGGGACCUGGAACUACCCCUGGGCUGUCACCCUGCAGCCGCUGGUCGGAGCCAUCGCAGCUGGUAAUUAAUAGUAGCUCAGCUUUACAGGUGUUGUUUGAGGUACACAUCACAGCGAUAGCAUACCUAUAGCCCUUGAUAAAGAAAAUACAUGAUAUGCUAGAAUGAUUAUGAUAGUCUGUAAUUUGCAGGACAAUUCCUUAAUAUUGAACCAUAAUAUAGGAAUAACAAUGAGUACAAACUGCUGUUAAAGGUAAAGUGAUUUAUGUUGUGACACAGUAAGUCAUUAUGCUAUUAUACUCUGAUAAGCAACAGAGGCGCAACAUGACAUGUAAUACUCAAUGCUGCCCACAGAGGGCACUUAUGUUACACAUAAAAACAGCCACAAGGUAAGGCUGAUGAGAACAUUUUUGUGAGAUUGUAUUUAUUGCUUAAUCAACCUUCUUCUAAUCUUAUCUUAAAUUAGAUGUCAUACAUGCAUUUGAGCAGUUUUAGGUGCUUAUCUCUAAGCUGAUCAGGAUGCAGUGCAGCUUUCACUUAUUAAUCCUCUAAGACAACAUGGAUGACAACAGUUUAGUAGAAAGCUGCUUUUACUUACUUUGGUUUUCCUCAUCAAUUCAAUAAUAAAGGCUGUAACCCUGUCAUGCCAACUUAUGUGUCUCUUUUUUCAAUUCUUCAGGUAAUGCAGCGGUAAUAAAGCCAUCCGAGGUCAGCUCUCAUUCUGCUAAAGCUAUGCAGGAACUCCUGCCUCUGUAUCUUGACAAAGUAAGCUCCUAUCUCUCUGUUAAAUAUGACUCAUUUACUCUCGCCACUUUUAUCUACAGAUACAUUUAAUGACUGCAUGCUUAUCUCUAACCCUGCAGGAUCUAUACCCAGUGGUGACUGGUGCAGUACCAGAGACCCAGGAGCUGCUGAAGCAGAGAUUUGAUCACAUCUUCUACACAGGAAACACCAUGGUGGGCAAACUGGUGAUGGAGGCUGCAGCUAAACACCUGACUCCGGUCACUCUGGAGCUGGGAGGGAAGAGCCCCUGCUAUAUCGACAAGAGCUGUGACAUCACUGUGGCAUGCCGGUCAGUCUGUGGAACAACAGAAUGAUCCUGAUCUGAUCCUUUCUUCACAGAUGGGCCCACAGUCUAUCUAUGUGCCUUCAAUCUGAAAGCAUACACAUUAAAUGAAUAUGACAUAAUAAGAUGUAUUCUUUUUAAACCCACAUAGCCGCAUCACAUGGGGGAAGUUUGUAAACUGUGGUCAGACCUGCAUCGCUCCAGAUUACAUCCUGUGUGAACCGUCCAUCCAGAAUAGAGUGGUAGAAGAGAUCAAGGAAUGCAUCAAGGUGAGUUCGAAGUCAAGAUUUUCACGUCAGCUAUUUGUAAGAUUGGAACAUAACAGACUUAUCAAUAAAACAGACACCACAAAUGAAGAAAAACAGCAGCAUCAUGUGAGGAAAAAAAGAGUCUGUAGGAUGUCAAUAACAACGAAAUGACAACAAUCUAAGAUUUAUUCUUCAACUACUUUAUUGCAGGAAUUUUACACAGAAAAUCCAAAAACCUUUGAGGAUUACGGGCGCAUCAUUAACCAGCGGCACUUUAAUAGACUCGUGGGUUUGAUGGAGGGGAGCACGGUGGCUGUCGGUGGAGACAGUGAUGAAUCCCAGUGCUACAUAGGUACCUGAAGAGUUUGAUAUUCUAUUCACAAAACCCUUUACUCCACACUUUAGACCACAGGACUUAUCCAGCCAUAGAAAGUAAUAUCUGUAAAUUAUAGCCUAUACUCUUCAAAUGCCUCUCUUCUUCCUGUCCUCUCAGCUCCUACCGUGUUAAAGGAUGUGACGGCAGAAUCCAAAGUGAUGAAAGAAGAGAUCUUUGGUCCCUUACUUCCCAUCAUCACAGUGAGCGGCGUAGAUGAGGCCAUCCAGUUCAUCAACGAGAGAGAAAAACCUCUGGUUGUCUAUGUCUUCUCCAAUGAAAAGAGGGUAAACACAUCACCUCCUGCAGACAUGUUUUUCUCCUGAGAGGAGAAUACAUAAAAGGUUUUUAACAGGAUUUAGGUUUGAAGUGGUAGUAAUGAUUUUAGACCAUAGCAUAUGUUGAUGACCAAACCUUUGCGGUAGCAUUUCAUCUGAUUGUGUCAAAGAAAGAGAAAAAAGAAGCAAGAAAACAGUACAAUAGGAACCAGAUUUCAAACAAUUUGAAUUUGGCAAAAAAAACAAUCACGAUAUAUUUUGUCAUAUCAUCUGAUCUCUUCUAUUAUCAUGAUUUUUUUUUUUAAAAUGCCAGUUUUAAAGCAUCGUUACUAAAAACUAAAGAAAGUUGCUCUUAUUUCUCGCGCAGCUCGACCUGGACAUGUCUCUGUGUCCUCUACCCGUCCUGCUGCAGCUGCUGCUGCGGCGGCUGAACAGAUGAUUUGUUUCAGUGAUCAAAUGAGUUUAUUAUAAUAUUAAGUUUUGUGAGCCAAAUAGGCACGAAAAUAGAGCCCAGAGUAUUAAAGAGAUGGAUCACUGAAUGGAAAUAAAGUCUAGAGUCAAGUCUAAAGAAGGAAAAACACUCAAAACGUAUCACCUCUUCAACGUCGCUCAACACUCAAAAACUGGUCGUUUUUUUUUACACCUCAUAUGUGUUAUGUUGCCGUGUGUGUAACUAAAUAAAGAGCUCUGUUAUAAUCAAUGAGGUACACAUAUAAGAUCACAAUCAGUCAUCAGAACAACUACUAAGAAUAGCUCUCCAAAAUGAUAAAAGUGGAAUGGAGAAUAACAUGUUUAGGCUUUUAAACUGUGUUCUGUUGUCAAUCAACCUUAAACAGCCUGUACACCGCCCACACACACUCUAUGUGGUUCUUACUUAAUAAAAACAUUUUAGGUCGGUGAAAUCAACAUGUCAGCGUGCUCUGGUGAAAGUUUGUCACUUUGGUAACUACAAGAAACAAACUCACACAGCAGGUACAGAGGUGCAGGGACACAGAAAGAAAACAGAGUUUCAGUAAAAUUUGUUACCGUUAUAUCUGUGGUUGUUAAAACAGCUCCUAUGGAUGUCUUUUUGUCUUUGUUAUUUAGUAAAGUUCCAGUGAGGAACUUUUGGUUUGUGUCGAUGUUGAAAAAAACAUUUCCCUCACAAUUUUUUCUGACUCUGGCUUUCUGGUGAACAGCUGAUCAAAAGGGUGAUAGCUGAGACGUCCAGUGGAGCUCUGCUGGCUAAUGACUGUUUGGUUCACUUCACUGUCAGCGCUCUGCCCUUUGGAGGAGUCGGUGAGUGUUUCAGUAGUUCAAUCAAUCUUCAGCUUUUCAGCCUCCUCUAUACUCACAGGAAAGAGUCUGACACACGCUCUGUCCUCCUCUCACUCAGGUAACAGUGGUAUGGGCUGUUACCAUGGCCGGCACAGCUUCGACCAGCUCAGCCACCUGCGCAGUUGUCUAAUCAAGCAGCUGAAGAUGGAAGGGGUGAACAGCAUGCGUUACCCGCCUCACACUACCAAGAAGCUGGGUUGGGUUCGAUUCUUCAUGCUGAAGAGGGUGAAUGUGGGAAGGCUGUGGCGUAUGGUAAUGCUCGCCACGUUGGUGGGUUUAGCAGCAUUUGUGGUUCAGGUAAAAGAAGUGAAAAACGCUUGCCCAAAAUCAGAAAGACUUUUUCAAUUUAUGAACUUUUUUCAGUUAAAUCUCCCUGAAAUAACCUCUGGAUUCUAAUCAAAGUGAAGUGCUGUCUUUGGGGAAAAAGUACUAUGACACAAAAGGACACAUCCCUCUGCAAUUUGUACCAUUAAAGUAGUUGCACUGUAAUAAGAGACACAGCUUACUUGUUGGAUAACAAAAUUUGUUUUAAAAGAGGGUAUGAUGCUCCAGGUUUGAUGGUAUCAAGUGUCAGUGUGGGUUCCCCUUUAAUGCAUGAACUCUAGAUAAGUUUAGGACAAUAAAAAAGUAGGGCUGUGCAAAAAUAUGAAUGAAGCAAAAAUCAGCUCCCUGUCCACCAUAAGAUGCAUUUAAGAGUUUCCUUAAAUGGUGUGGCGCUUCAGUACAUCUCCAAACUCCUGCAAGUCUACACUCCUGUCAGCUACUUCCUGUGGUCCCUAAGACCAGGCUAAAAACCAGGGGUGACCCUAACUGUGGAACAAGCUGCCCCCUCACAUCAGACUGGCCCAAACCAUACCAGUUUUUAAAUCACUGAGGCCAUUCCACCUUAACACCUAAGUGUGUUGACUUGUGAGGUCUCUAUUUUCCUGGGUUUUUUAAAUGUACUUUUAUACUGAAUAUUUUGCAGUGCUCUUUGGGUUUUUUUUUGUUUUACUGAUUGAUUGAACUCAAAUUUACAACCCAGACCAUUCCUUUGAUGUCUCAGUAUCUCAUCAGAUAAAGUCUCUGUUCAGUAUAAAUGAGUGCUGGUAGAUGAGGACAGCUGGUGGGGUUGAUUUCUCCCAACAUUCAUGUUUCAUGUACUGUUGAAAAAAAGCUUUGGUUCCUGAUUUUUUGGAACACUUGCAUGUUUACGAAUAUGAUGGAUGUUUACAGCUUUUUAAAUAAUGACAAAUCCAUUUUUCCCAAGAAACCCAGAUAUGAGCACUCCUCCUCCCCACAUACCCACAAUCCCACGGGACUGGACCUUCACACAACAAUGGCUUUGUCUGCUGCAGACAAUGUGUUGUGUUGUCCAGGAAAUCUAGUCUCAUAACGCCCCCUCAUCUACCCUCCCUUUAAUUACCCAUCGUGCUUCGCUCUCCUCUGCUAAAUGGCUCCUUUUGUUUGGGUCCACCCCACCACCUUUGUUGACGUGCACACUUGUUGCUGCUCCUGUGAACGGUUUAACUAUCUGUUGUGUUUCUGAUUGUUAGCUAACACUGAGUUUGUGUGUUUCUUUCAGAGGUUCUUUAGAUGA